AAGAACAAAGAGUAAAGGGAGGAGGCUGAGAGCGAAAAGAAAAGCUUGUAUUGGAUUUUUUUAAAAUAAAAUUCGCUCCCUUCUUGCAGACCAUAUGGAUGAUCUAUCUCACCUCAUUUGGGUAGAUAGUGACUCCAUUUUUAGCACGUCAACACAACACCAGAUCUGUGAAUCCUUGGAGAAAAAUAAAGAGGGGAAGGAGCUUAACAGCAGUGAGAAGGAAAGAGAAGGUCAAUGGACAAUGAUUAGAUCUGGGCAAGAUCGAACAAGGAGAAGGGAGUGGUGUUCUGGGGCCAGGCCGAGGGUGAGAAGGACUGACGGAGAGAAGGAGAUAACUGAGAUAAGGAGUAGAAGGGAGAUGAUCUAAUUGAGAAAUUCGAUCAACAAAGAGGAAGAGAGAAGGGAUUUAGGGAAAGCAGAUGGGAUAAAUGGAUAAUAUCAUUAGUUUAGCAAAAUUAAUAUUUUUAAUAAAUGUGAUUAAAUUUC